GGCAAAGUUCUUCCGACCGAGGCUUCGUACCCACUGCUCGGCUAACUGAGGCUUGCUGAUGGGAAAUCUGCCAAAAAAGAGAGGAUGGAUCAGAGCAAAACAAAUAACAAUCUGUAAUUCUGAACAAUGGAGCGUUUUGAUGAGGAUUUAGUUGAAGCUUUGAGAGAUGUAGUUAAAGCUGGUAACUGGCAGUGUGUCGGAGAGACCAGCACAUUUAAAUCACCCUGCACCAAGUUGUACUCAGAUGAUGGGGAACACAUAGUUCUGAUACAGACAGAUGACCGUCGCUUCUGGGCGAUGGAUUCAUCCUGUCCACAUGAAGGUGGACCACUUGAACAGGGAGACAUUGAGGACCUGGGAGAUGGCAGACUGGCAUUGAUAUGCCCAUGGCACGAUUUUGAUUUCAACCUCGAGACCGGUGCCUCGUCCUCUGGACUGCAGAAUCAGGUGUAUGAUGUCAGAGUAAUGGAUGGAAAGAUAUUUAUAAAUACUCAGAGUGCCUUGUCUCUCUAUCCAGUCCCAGUGACAAAACCAGCAAAACCCAAAACCCAAGAUGCCCUGUUACCGCUGGAAGCAAAAUUAGAAUCAUCAGAAAAUACCCUCUGCUUUUGGGCUGUAAAAAUCCUCCGUACUCCAGACCCACAAGAAAAGGUGGCUUUGACUGUGCAAGUGCAAGGUUGGUGGGACACCGGGAAAAUCGGUGAGAUCGGAGAGCGUGCUCCACCGGAUCAGCCGAGUCGGAUCGAUAGUCUGGCGGUGGUGGAUCCGGGAAAAAUAAAACGUGGCAAAGGAGGCACACAGGCAAGUAGAAUUGCUUUGCUUCAUUCUCUGGCCAACAUAGAGCAGUGGGCUAUCGACCUCUCCUGGGAUAUAAUAGCUCGAUUCUCUACAGUCAAGCUUAGCUCCGCAGACUCGCUACCACGCCAGUUCUUCACUGACUUUGUUAAAGUAGCUGGAGACGAAGCCAAGCAUUAUGAUUUACUUGAGAAAAGGAUUAAAGAGCUUGGCAGCUCGUUUGGUGCUCUCCCAGUACAUAAUGGUUUGUGGCAGUCAGCUGCAGAGACGGCUCAUGAUCUUCUGGCUCGACUGGCUAUCGUCCACAUGGUCCAUGAAGCUAGGGGUUUAGACGUGCACCCUCAGACACUGUCCCGCUUUGCUGCACAGAGUGACACAGACUCGGUAAAGAUCCUGGAAGUGAUUUAUGCUGACGAGAUAACCCACGUGUCUGCAGGGCUCCGCUGGUUCACCUACAUCUGCUCCGAGGAGGAACGGGAUUGCUUGGCGACGUUCCAUUCCUUGGUGAAGUUGCACUUUAAAGGGUAUUUGAAGCCCCCGUUUAACACAGAAGGGAGAAAGACGGCAGGGAUGACUGAGGAGUGGUAUGUUCCACUUGUGAAACCCUCCAGCUGACCGAAGAUCUCCUCUAACAUUAAAGCUGAAACUGCUGAAAGCUGAAAAGCAGUGACCCUCACUCCAGUAAACACUUACACGUCCACUAUUCUCAUUUCAGUCAACCUGAAACCCUACAGUAAACCUACGCAUUACCAGUUACUAGUAAUUAUUUAAAGAUCAUGUUUUGGUCAAAUGUUUGAUCUGUCUGUGUCAGGGGUGAAAGAAAUGUAAACGAGAUGUAACGUAAUUGACGUGUUUUUGUAUAUUCCUAGUCUAAUCCACUAGACCAUUUUUACAAAGAUCUUUUGCAAUUAAGUUUAAUCCUCAGCUGUGCUAUCGACUAGCCGGACGACCACACAGGCACAAUCGGUUGUGUCUAAGGGAGAGUGUGUGGGUACUCAUGCUUCAAAUUUGGCCUCUGAUGGCUCUGAUGGUUGAAGCGUCUGUGAGAGAGUCACAGAAUGUAGUGUGUGACUCUUCAUACACCGUACUGCUCUCUGUGAGACACACUUUCUGUCGGGUGUAAAGAGGCGGUCGGUAAGGUGGCAUGUGAUAGUCUGUGGCUCUUCUCGGUCAGGGUGGGGGUCUGCAUCAGUAAAGGAAGUUACUGUUGGAAAUUGGACAAUUCCAAACAUGGGUACAAUUGUGAAUCACGUGGAAAAGGUAGAAAAUAGAAUAAAAUGAGAAUUUUAUUAACUAAAUGUGUUUAACUCACCAGUCACGUACACUCGAACGUUUUUGAUUUGCCGCCUCUUAUCUUGAUCUAGAUAUAUUUACCCACUUCAGUUCACUUAUGGAUUUCCAAGAAGUGCUUUUGGCUAGAAAUUUCCCCAUUAGACAUUAUUAUUAUAAACUGUUUUCUAAUAAAUGCUGUGAUACUAAAAUGUUUUGAUGGUUUGUUUUGUGAAAUAAUCGUGGUUGGUUUAUGUAACGAUCAUGUACUAGACUUGUAAUGAAACGAUUGUACUGAUAGGGGGCGCUGGUGACAUGUGUAAACUGGUACUGCACAGGAGGGUUGAACUGAGCAGGGUUUUCUGUUUUCUGAUGACUGAUAUUUAAAUAUGUUUUAGUUAUGUGUUCAGCUGAGUUUAAUUGUUUAUUUUACAGAUAUAUUCCAGACUUUAAAUCUUAUGAGCGAAAGAAGGAAAAAAAAGAUUAAACACAAAAACAAAUCAAGUUAAAGCUCACGGCCACUGAAGGAUUGCUCACUGAAACAAAAUGUACUUACAACUUUAUCUUCCAACACAUUUUACUUUCAAUUUAUUACUAAUGUAGUUUCAUGUUAUUUAACUAAGUUUUUCUUUUGUUUAAACAUUUAAAAGGCAGUUUGGGC